UGUUGCUGCUGUGUUUGCAUUUGUCUCUCCUAAUACAACUGUGUUUCUUCUUCUCAGAUCAUAAAUAGAAGUUUAGGGGUGGAAGGUUAAUUGGUUAAUCUGUUCUAUGGUUUGCUUAAAAAGUUAUAAAAAGAACUAAUAUUGAAAGAACUCUUCUAACCUAACUUCCUGCAGCCGCUCCCUGAGAAGAACAGUAUCCGAAGAAGAAAGCAAGAAAACAUGGCGAGGCCUAUUGACGUUCCUGAUGAUAUUCUAGAUGAGAUACUCUCGCGCUUGCCUGUCAAGUCUCUGGUGAGAUUCAAGAGCGUCUCCAAGUCAUGGAGCCGUUUCAUCUCUAGCCCUCCAUUCACCAGAAACCACUACCUACGAGCAUCGUUACCGGAUCCUGAAAUCACUGAUCUAAAGAUUCUUAUAUCAAAACCUGAUGGAUUCAGGUUCAUAGAUUGCGAACCACCGCGCCUCCCUGUUCCCGUAAGCUUUCGUUUUCCACAAAACAGAACACCUGAUAUCAAUAAUCAUGUCCGAUUCUUCGGUUCGUGUCAUGGGUUGGUAUGUUUAAGCAUUGGCAACCCCAGGCAUCUGGUUUUGUGGAACCCAUCAACCGGAGACUCCAAGACGUUGCCAGAUUAUUAUAAAGUAUUGUCAGUUCCAGCUAUGGGGAAUUGUUUUGGGGGUCUUGGUUAUGACCCAUCCUGUGAUGAUUACAAAGUGAUUCUAACUGAUAAUUCACAGUUUCUGAUCUUUUCACUAAGAAAAAAUUCGUGGAGAAACAAGCGAGUACGCAACGGGACUGGUCUUUUUACUAAUGGGGUUUAUAGCAAUGGAGCUCUCUAUUGGAAGAAUUACGGCGAGGAGAGAAUCUUCGGGUUUGAUUUAAAGAGGGAGAGAUUCUAUGAAAUGCCACAACCUGAUCUUGUCAACGACGAUGCGUACUACUUCCACACAGGCAGCUUAUUUGGAGUCGGGGAAAGACUUUGCGUUGCUUGCAGGAAACCGAUUACAAAUGACCUUCGUGGUGGUAUUGAGUUCUGGGUCAGGAAGAAACCUGGCGUUAAGGAAUCUUGGACGAAGAUACAUAGAAUGCCCAAGUAUAAUCGAUGGUUUUGUUUCUGGAACUCCUUUUUAUACCUUUUAAAACGCAAAGGUUUCAUACUACUAGGUGCUCCACAAGAAGAAAUUAGGACGUAUGAUGCUAACGGCUUUGGACUACAAGUCGAAAAGACCAUGUUCUGCAAUGAUCCAAGUCGGUGUAAGGACUGGAAUGCUCGUUUUCAUCCCCAUCGACAUGAAGCAAUUGCAUAUACGGAGAGUCUAAUUUCACCAAAUCUCAGUAAUUAGCCUGUCAGGCAAGG